AUGACGUCCUGGGAAACAGUGGAAGUAAUCGUUGCUGUAGUGAGGCUCCUUACUUUGCUUGGGAUUGUGAUUUUCUAUACCUUAAGUUCCGUCGGAUGGAGGAGCUAUCGUCACAAGGAUGCUACUGCACGCUUCGCCUCCGGUGAAGCUUCAGAGACCACAAGGUUGUUAAAUGGCCAUCGCAGCGGAAUAAACGGUGAUAACUACGGGUCAUCCUCUCCAAACCGAAAAAGAGAUUCGGAUUUCAAACCAGAGGACGCUUGGCUUGUCAUCAAUGUCAUGGUUCCCAUUCAAAUUGGUAGAAUCACCAAUGUUCUCUCGGGAGAUACUGGAGAAGAAUUCUACAUUCCAUGGCGUGGAAUUUGCAUUUAUGUCCUCUUCCGUUGGCUUCAGGGAAAUCAGGGAUUAAUCGGUUCUUUGCGUUCCUUUUUAUGGAUUCCUGUCGGACAGUAUUCAUACAUGGAACUUUCAACCGCUGCUUUUGAACAUGUUCAUAGCCUUAGUCUCGAUUUCCACCUGGGCAAAAAGACCGGCGAAGUGUUGUCAGCUCUAAGCAAAGGCAAUUCUAUCAACACGUUCCUGGAACAGUUCACGUUCCAGGUUGUACCAAUGCUGAUCGACCUCUGCGUUGCGAUUGCCAUUUCCUGCAGAAACGAUUCGAUGGUGUCUUACGAAACCGUGAAAUAUUUCAACGCAGAGCAGUACGAGUUUGGUCGGUAUCGUGGAGCUGUUACCGAUUUCCAAAAGGCCGAGUAUCAUGUCUUAUUUUCGCUGACAUUAAUGAAUACGUGCCAGAAUACUGUUUUCAUGCUUGGGCUGCUGAUAACAUGUUUCCUCGCUGCCUAUCAAGUUGCAACCGGCGAACAGAAGGUCGGGAAGUUCUCGGCCAUGAUAAAUUCGGAGCGGAUGUUGGAACUCUUCCGGGAACAGCCAACUGUCAUUGAUGGACCCAACACACGCGAACUUCCACGCUGUGAUGGCGAGAUUACCUUCGAAAAUGUGAAGUUUGCGUAUGAUACCCGAAAACCCGCAUUGAACGGCCUGAGUUUCCGUUGUCGCCCUGGAACAACCACUGCCCUAGUUGGCGAGUCCGGAGGGGGAAAAUCGACUGUUUUCCGCCUUCUAUUCAGAUUCUACAAUUCUUCGUCGGGUCAUAUCCUCAUUGACGGACGCAAAGUUGAGAAUCUAACUAUUGAUUCAGUUCGUCGACAUAUUGGUGUUGUCCCUCAAGAUACCGUUCUUUUCAAUGAAACAUUAAUGUAUAAUCUCAAGUACGCAAAUCCGUCUGCUACGGACGAGGAAGUUUAUGCGGCGUGCCGGGCCGCGAGUAUUCACGAUAAAAUUCUCGCCUUCCCUGACGGCUAUCAAACUAAGGUGGGCGAGCGAGGCCUGCGCUUGAGUGGUGGGGAGAAACAGCGUGUGGCUAUUGCACGCACUAUUAUCAAAGAUCCCCGGAUAAUUCUCCUCGACGAAGCCACUGCUGCCUUGGACACGGAAACGGAAGAACACAUCCAAGGGGCGCUGUCCACAUUGUCUAAAGGUCGCACGAUGCUUGUUAUUGCACAUCGCCUGAGCACAAUAACGACAGCAGACCAAAUUCUCGUGCUACAUAACGGGCAAGUUGCCGAACACGGAACCCAUGAACAGCUUCUUAGCCUGAAGGGAAGAUAUGCGAGUAUGUGGCGAAAACAGAUUCGUGCCCAGAGAGCAGCUGCGGAGGCGCAGGUGUUACAAGACCGUGCUCAACGUUUACGCAGCGCGUCUACAGCUGGGGGCGAUGACAGCUCUAGUCAAUCAGAUGAGGAGAGAAAUGGCAUGAGUUCGAGACUAGAAAGAUCUUCACUCGGCUAA